UCGGCAUAUGUGCAAUGUAGUGUGAGCAAACACACUUUAUUAGAGCUCAGAAAAAGCUGGUAAACCUCGAUUAACUAUGCUCUGAAGUUGAACAUUAUAUCAACAGUCUCCAUGGAGGAAAGACGAGUCCGCAAGAGGAUCAGUAUUUACGACUGCCGUUCCGAAAACCAAGAGCCAAAUACGAGGAAGAAGCUGGAAACAAGGGGUUUGGACUACAAUGGCUUUCUUAUACUUCUGCAGCAGAAAUUCUCAAUCCGUCCACUUGAAACAUUUGUGCUUGCAACAACGGACCGAAUUGUCCUGGAUUUUGACAAAUUUGAAGCGCUUCAGGAUGGCAGCACCCUCCACUUGUUGCAACGGGAGGACCAAGCGCUGGCAACGGCAACGGAGGAGCCCAUCAUGUUUGUGCCUCAUUAUGACACGGUGAUCAAGGGGGGCCUGUAUGGGUACUACACCAGUGAGGGCCAGCAACCAUUGCCAUACGCGCUUGCUGAGCUGAUUGACAAUUCUCUUUCGGCCACAGCUAAAAACAAGGGAAUGAGGACAAUAGAGAUACGGAUGGUGUUCAAUGAAACUCUUACGAAACCUACCAUCAUUAUCUUGGAUAACGGGAGCGGGAUGACCUCGAAACAACUAAAAAACUGGGCAGUGUACAGACUUUCUAAAUUUUCCAGGGAAAAAGUCACAGUUGGAGGUAAAGUAGAGAGUUAUGUUCGGCCUGAGCCGGUCCGUCGUAGUCUCAACAGUGACAUAUCCUACUUUGGAGUUGGAGGAAAACAAGCUGUGUUCUACCUCGGAAACUCGACCAGGAUGAUCACUAAAUCGGUUGGCUCCCCAGAUGUUCACGAGCUGAUUCUGUCACAAGAGGAGUUUGAGAGAAAAGAGAGGGACAAAGAAGAUAUUUACAGCAGUGUUAUUAAAAACAGGAAGCCCGGGGACUCUUCACAUCUGAAAAAAGACGAGCGCUACCUCCGUUCCCUUAUCGCUGAGGAAUCUGGGAAGGAGAGCUUCACAGCCGUGGUCAUCACGGGGGUCUUGCCUGAGCAUAUCGCCUUUUUGAAAAAAGAUCGCAAUGUGUGGAUCAGGCAGCUAGCUAACAUUUAUCACUAUUACAUUCAUGGAGUCGAUGGAAAAGACACGAGAAGCUGCUCUACGAACUCUGAUCAUCUCAAUAAAAUUGACAUUCAGGUCACUUUGUGCGAGAAGCCCCCACAGUUGCCCUGUGCGAUAAAUAUGAGGGAAGUUGACAACGACAUGCAGACUCUGUACAUAAACGCUGCUGUCGACACGUUUGACUUCAAGGCCUCGCCCAGUGACGGAGGCACCGUGGAGGGAGUCAUUCGGUAUCACCCCUUCCUCUACGACAAAGAGACGUACCCAAAAGACCCCGAUACUCUGCUCGAUGAUGAUGAUGAUGAUUCCGAUAAUGAGUCUGGAGCCUCGCACCAGGCGAGAAAGAAGGGGCUGAUAUUUGACUGUUUCUGGAAUGGACGGCUUAUCCCUUACACCAAAGUGCCAGAGUUUGACUGGUGUUCUUCGAAUAAAGGAGCAAAGGAGCUUGCAGAGUGUUACAGUCGAAUUUCAGGAGUGCUUUUCAGUGACGAUGUCUUCGAGGUCAGCAUAAACAAGCUCACCUUCAUGCACCUGGAGAACAAACUGAAGAAGAAGGACACCUUCUUCACACGCACCGUUAAUUCACAGAAUCAAAGAGGAAACAUUCAGAAGGAAUUCACCCAGUGGCUGAAAAACUGCCAUGAGAAGUGGGACAAGCAAGUGAAGUUUAUGGGCUUCAUGAAUACCAUAACACGAACAGAUGUCCUCACGAAGAAAAUGCAGCAUCCCUGGGGGACGUUCUCUUCCAUCGAAUGGGACCGCAAAACAUACCAGAAAGACCAAUUGGUGAAGUCUAUGAAAACGGUGCCCAUCCUGUAUGGUCGUGUGGUUCGCUUUUUGCUGCAUGGAAAAUAUGACGGCAGUGUCUUUGCCACAGGAGGAGAGGUUGAAGUGGUUCUGGAACCCGAAGCAUUUCACAACAAGAUAAAGACCAUACCCAUUUCCAAGAUUGACAAGAUCGCCACCGAUGAAGCCAUCAAGACCUACAUUGACAAUGAUGCCGCUAAGCUUCCAGAGCUUCUCACUGUGGACUGGCCAGGAAGGAAUCCCUGGCCACAGAAUGCUGCUCGUCCAGCCGGGACUCCGUUUGGGCCAAUCAAAGUGGAAGUUCUAAACAAGAAGGGAGAGUCGUUAUCCAUGAUGCCCUUCGGGAGCCAGGGAACAGGGAAAAAACUGAUUGUUGAGCUCAAAGUCCUCCAGCACGGUCCUAAAGAAGAUCAAGAGAUUCUCUGUCAUGUCGCCCAACAUUCAGGGAAAUCGGGUUUCUGGUUUAAAAGAAUUGAAAGUCUGAGCCAACGGGGGAAGUACACGCUGUCCCUGAACACGAAGAUGCACGAAACUAACUCGCCCGUCUUUGGAGGCAGAGAGCUCCCGAGCUACACACUCAAUUUCACCAUCAACGCGGGUUCCGCGGAGACCUUUGGUGUUGGUGACGUGAGCGCCACGCUUUAUGUAGGAGUGCCAUUCGACAUUCCUCUCCUGAUAACGGAUGGUUAUGGCCACCCGGUGCCGCCGCCUCCUGAUCUCAAGCCGGUCCUUAAGUGCAGGGGCCUGAAUGUGAGCUACGAGACGGUGGACAACCGUUGGACCACGUUCAUCAUCAAAAGGGUCAAAGCAAGAGGAAAAGUCCUAAAUUACCAACAAUCAAAGACGUUUGACCUGAACGUGACCCUGCCUGGCCUGAAGUCCGACACACAGACGAUCAAGAUCUGUGUUCUUCCUGGUAAUCCACAUUCCCUCCACGUGACGCCAGAAGACGACCCAAUCACGGUGGAAAAUGGAAACUCCGUCACGUUUAAUAUUGAAAUUCACGACGAGGCUGGAAACAUCACAGCUGGUCCCAAACAGGUCGUUUGCUGCCAGGUUGAGGGGUUUCCCCGAGAGGCGACCGACUGCAGCACCACAGGAGCCGGACAGCUUGUGACGAAGCUAGUAAACCUGAAAAUAACCAACGGAGAGCCACAGACCCUCCAUGUUACAUUUGAGAUUCCUAGUCAAAAGAACAUCCCGUUGGCCGUGAGGCAGCUGAAGGUGAUGCCCAGCACGAGGGUCUCCCGCAUGGAGCUCUGCAGCAACGACAAUUUGGUGCUGACAAACCACGAAAAGAUAGAUUGGCUGGCUGGAGGCUCGCUGGAUAACCUGUGCUAUAAGCUGUAUGACGAGGCUGGCCGAGAGGUCCCUCCCACCGCGGAAAUCGCCUCCAUGAUCAAGGUUCACUGGAUGGAAGAUGUGAAUCUAGAGGAUCUGGCCAUGGGGAAGCUGCCCGCCAUACAGGUGCCCACGCAGGUGCAGCAGCCAGCGCUCUUCUUCCAGGUGUCCUACCAAGACCAGAACCUGUCCGUCUCCUUCUACAUAAUGCCUCGUCCGGAUGAACCACAGCGACUCAAAGCAACGCUCCACCAAAACUCAGUGAAACUGGGGGAAAUCCUUCCUGGAAACAUCAACUUGGAGCUUGUGGACCAGUAUGAUAAUGUAACCACGGCGCUGACUUCCAGCUGUAAGGACGACGUGAUCGUGGACGCUCCGGGUCUGGACAAGUCGGCCAUCGCCUUCGGUUGGCAGGAGAGCAGACGCUCUGUUCUGGUCACCGGGGUGCAGUUCCAGUCCGGGCCUCUGGGGCCCAGAGAGCUGUGCUUCACCUACCGGAGCUUUGUGAAGCGCGUCACCGUUAAAGUGACGGCUGGAGCCCCCGCACAGCUAAAACUCAUCAGUGGGCCAGAGAAGCCUUUGCAGGUGCUGAAUGACCACGGCAUCGCCACGCCGUUCCUCGUCCAACUGUUUGAUGCGUGGGGAAACCCAACCACAGACCGGAGGGUCGUGGUUAUACUGAACUCUUCAUCCUCGACACUGAAGGUGACGCCAAAUGUCACUUCACAACCCGUGAACGCCGAAGGGAAAGCCUCCUUCACCGUUGGGCGUGUGAGCGGACCAAAGGGGCACUAUCGGCUUGAGUUUAUGGGUUCCUUCAACCAGAAACCCAUCCCUGGUCCCAAAGUGAAUCUGACUGUCAUACCUGAUCCCAACAAACCUGUCAGCCUGCUGGUGGAGUACAGCACCAGUGCCGUGUUCCCUGCUGGAGAAUAUUUCCCAGUCUUCUCUGUGACCGUGGUGUCGGAUGAAGGAAGCCGCAUGACGACCUUUAACCCCGCCGCCGCCUCCAUGUGGCUGUGGAAGGGAGAGCCGACGGGAAACGCGCCUCCACAUGCGGUCACUGAGCUGAAGUGUAGUAAACCGAUGAGGAAAGAAAAUAAUGACCGUUUUCACUUCAGAGAUAAAGAGAUCCCAGAACACGUUGGAAAGUACGCCAUCCAGUUUUCUCUCCAAAUGGGCAACGGACAUCUCCUGUUUAGUGAUCAGAUUCCCAUAAAUGUGGUGGCCAAUCAACCCGUCAAACUGGGACCCAACUCACAGCUCCCGACCCCGGUGGUUUCCAACAGCAACGUCGUGGCCAACCGCACGCUGGUGGAGAAUAUGACCCUGAUGAUCACGGAUUGCUACGGCAACGCAGCGGGGCAGGACCUGGACGGGAAGGUGGUCGUUUCUAUUAAGAGUUCCGGUGGCGACGGCAACGCGAGCCUCCCUCUGUUCGAAGGCCGAACCAGCAGCCUGACGAUAAGAUUGGUCAAAGGAGCGGCCCGCAUCACUAGGCUCGUGAUGAUGGAGGACAGCCCCGGCGACAAUGGAAGUACAUACAUCCUCCUCUUCAAACCCGAAGUGUUGGCGGUUCCCACGCCACUCGCUUCUUUUGAGCUCCCCUUCCAUUUUUCCAACGAUGCUGAGAACCAACGAAAAAUUACUGAGCUGUCCAGGAAGGAAAAUGAGCUCUCUACUUCUAUUGCUGGAUACAAACACAUCUUUACUGCAUUUCGUGAACUCCUAAACAUGCUGACCAAUCAGCACCUGGUCGCAAGUGAAAAAGUGGUUGCCCUUCGAAAUGGUCUGAUCAACAGGAACGUGAACAUUCCCCAAACUGAGAGUAUCCCAGAUGUUGACGGAUUCCUCAAACAAAAGGAAGCUGAAGCCGACGGGAUCCUGAAAACACCCAGAAGGGUUUUCUCCAUCAAAGAUCCCUACAUCGGGCCGCAGGAUGUUUUAGGAAUGGUUGGCCACCUGGCGUCUGUUGAGGCCGACGACGCCGCGUGGGUCAUCUCCUGGCACAUCAGGGGCGACAUGGACUGCGUCAUCACCAGAACCACCACAGCAGCGAAGCGGAUCUACCACUACAGCCAAGGCAGCCAGCAGGUCAUGGCCCUCGACAGCGUGUUUGUGCAUCCGGGCAACAGAUCGAUGCCGCACGUAAGAAAUGACCGCCUGCUCUUUGAUCCCCCUGGAAACCCAGUCCGCGCCAGGGACCUCCUGCAGUACCCUCACAACCCAGAGAGCUGUACCAUCGCUUUUAAAAACAUCCUCGGCGACACCAUUCUGAUCGACGACCUGGACUCUGCAAACCACUACAGGAAGGCGGUGGUGCAGAAUAAGAUGCAGUGUCCCACCAUCCUGACCAGGCAGGGCGACCGGGUCAGUGCCAAGGGAAAGUUCGGAGGCGCCCAGAACAAAGCCCCGCCCAUCAACACGCUGCACACGUUCGGCGCCCCCAUCCCACAACUAUACUACACUUUAAAGCAACAAAUAGACCUGCUCACCCAAUACCGGUCCGCUCUGGCGUCGAGGGACGAGGCAGCGAAAGAUCGUGAGGAGCACUUAAGGGAAAUAAAGUCUCCUGAAAACCUGAAAAGGCAACAAGAAAUGGAGGAGAGGCAGAAACAGCUGGAGGAGAUUCAGAGACAACUUGUGUCAACCCCAGUAAGACCAGUGAAACGAGGUCUUGAGGCUGCUGGUGAGCCAUCCAGCAUCAAUCAAAAGAGAGCAAAGUAGAGGUCAGCAGAGAGGUGGACCGACCCGAUGUCAUCUUUGAGCCAUUGGAGUUGUUGUAAUAGAGUUUUUUAUUUGUAUUUGUAUAUGUUUUAAUGCGUUCUAUUAAUCAGAACUUCUGACAAAGUGAUGUACAUGCAAUUAUUAAGUCAUUUCUUUCUAUACCAAAAAAUAUAUAUAUUUUCUACGGUA